UAAGCGCAUAAAUGUGUCAUAUAAUAACUGUAUAGGUAAACAUUAGAAGCGAAAAUAUUUAGUACCUACCAUCUGAAACCAAAUCAAUUCGCAAUAUUAAUGUUUUCCAUUUCGUAUCAAUUAAUCCAUUUUCUUCCAUAAAAAAGUGAUACGGCAAAUCCAAUUAUCAAUACAAACUAUGAGUGAUGAGUGCGCCGGUUAUUAUAUACGUGUUGUACUUAUUACAUUAUUUCAUUGCACGUCGCACAAAGUUAUAGUUUUAACGCAAUAUACUGUACGUACACCGGAUGUAUUUAUUUAUGCCUUAUUAGUCACUAUACCUACAUACAAUUUGAACGAAUAUACCACUCUGCCGUAUUUAUGUUACGAACAUGGGCGUUCCCAAAUGUAAUAAUCAACUUUCCUCUUUGGAUGAAUUUGAAGUGUCUACAAAGGAUCUUCGCCGCAUAGCAUACACAAUAAUAGCGCCAGGACUAAUCGUAGUUGGUAUAUUUGGAAACGUGUUAAAUCUCUUAGUUUUAAGUAAACCGUUCUUUAAUAACUGUACGAGGAUAUAUCUGAGAGCGUUGGCAAUUGCUGAUGUUAGUAUUCUACUUUUUGAUAUAAGUAUGGUAUUGCGUUUGAGUGAUUCAAUAGGGCACUCUUUCUAUACGGCCGUGUUCUUUGCCUACAUCGAAAUGCCGUUACUAACUACGUUCAUUGCGUUUAGUGUCUACAUCAUCACUUGCCUUACAAUUGAUAGAUAUAUAUCGGUCUGUUCUCCAACAACUUUCAACUCUUUUCACACGUGCAAAAUGGCUAAGGGUGCAAUUUUGGUUUGUAUGGGCAUAGCAGUUUUGUUCGCUUCUCCAUUGUACCUACUGAAAACUACAUGCUGGACGGAAAUAUGCCAGUUGAGUUUCAUGGAUAAUGUCACUGUUACUGACACAACAUAUUGGCGCACUUACAUUAUCGUCUCAGAACUAAUGAUGCGAAUGGGACCUGCAUUCGUUGUCGCCAUUUUAAACAUUUUAAUUAUAAAGAAAUUAAAGGCUCUCAAAAAACUGCGUCACAAGUACAGUCCAUCUUUAAAGUACAACAAAGACGAUGGACUCGCGAACUACACGAACAAAAACAAAAAGUACAAGGACGAACAGCAACUGAUCACGUUACUUCAAAUGAUAUCCCUUCUUUUUCUAAUAACAAUUACACCAGCAUCCUUUUUAUCAAUUUGGUAUACAUUUCGAGACGAUAAUAGUUUAGGUUUUGAAAGGUUUCGAACAGCAGCAAAUCUGCUAGAGAUGGCAAAUUUUGCAUUAAAUUUCUUUGCAUAUUUCCUGUGUAGUAGGGAAUUCCGUAAAGCAUUGGCGAACGUUUUUCAAAAAGUUAUAAACUAUAAAUGUUAUAGAGAAAACUUUUGUAAACGAAAUAAUCAACAAAUUGCCAUCAUUAUCGAAAACUUCUAGUUAUUAAUUAAGAUGUUGUACCUAUAAUGUGGAUUGUUUAUUAAUUGUAAAAGUAUUUUAACUUGAAAUGUGCUAGAUUUUUAAGUUCUCAAAUGAAUUUGCCACAACGUGUACUUGUAUUAAAAUAUAACAAAACUGUUGCUCAAUACAAAGCUUUCAAUUUAGUAGCGAGUCUGCAAACUAUAGUAGCAAAUGUAUUUAAUUUGGCGCUCUCGUUUACAAAUAAAACGGAUAUAGCCUUUAGAAAGUGCAAAAUAAAUGUUUUCAA